AUGUUUGAGUUGAAGACAAAGGAGAACGAAAGCUUGAUCAACCGAGUGAAAUCUGAUCUGGAAAAUCAAUUAUUGGAUCUUCAACAAGAAAAGGCUACUCUUCAACAACGUUAUGAUAAUCUCAUCGAAGAAAAGGAUUCUCUACAAUUUAAUGCCCAGCAACAAUUGGAAACCAUCCAUCGAAUUACUGAGGAGUUGAAACAAUCACAAAAUGAAAACAACUCUCUCAAAACAGAGCUUAACGCACUCAAAGAAACACUAGUGGCCAAGGUAAAUACGCACAAAGAAUUCCAAGAAAAAACGGAAAAGAAGAUUGAAGAGCUUUCGAAUCUAAUCGUGGUCAAAACAGAGUGCGCGAAUGCCCACAUACUUGAGAUUGACAAACUUAAAGGUGAAAUUCAAUCUCUGCAAGGUAAACUCAGUGAAAUUCAAUUACACUUUAAAAAACAGAAAGACACUAUCAAGGACCUUACAGAGAGUUUGAACAUGCUUAAUGAAAAGUUUACAACAACUCAGCAAGAACUUCAAAUCAAAAAUGAAGCAAUCAUUCACUUGAAUGCUGAAGUAGAAAAAUUCAGAGACAGCGUUCAUGACAAGGAGCAACAACUACAGACACUAAAGAAACACGCUCUCACCGAUUUAGAAAAACAAAUCAUUGAAAAAUCGGAAGCUCUCGAUAACCAAAAGAAAAUUUAUGAGCAAGAUAUUUUCAUGGUAAAAUCUCACCUUUCAGAAACCAAGAAAUUAUUUGAAGCUAAGGUUUCUCUAAUUGUAGAUCUAGAAGAGAGAAUUUCAUCAUUGAAAAAUGAAACGUUGGAGAAAGAUAAAGAAAUUUCUCGAUGGAUAGGUUCUUGCGAAGAUUUGAAAAAAAACUUUCGAGGAAGAAAGAAAGCAACUUUCAAGCAAGAUUGCUCAACUUGA